AUGCCUUUCCUUGGAAAACGCUCCAAAAGUCGCGAAGUGGAUUUGGGACUACUCGUCCGAAUCCGCAAAGAGUUGCAAAGCAAAUAUUCUCGCCCUGAAAGCUUAGAGACUGUCUUUAUUCAUCCUCACGAUGCUCGAUCCGUGGUGACCCGUGAACGAGUCAAGGAACUGCUCAAGCCUUUCAAAUGGUAUCAUGAAGAUGAUCGCACCGAACUGUGGAGGACCAUGUCCCUUAUCCUCUGCAUCCUUAUCACAAUCGAGUGGACUGAAUGGUCGGAGUUCAAGACAUAUUUCGCUCCAAGAGGGGAUUAUUUGAGAUACCCACGAUAUACAGAUGAUGAUCUGCCCCUGAGAGAUGUUUCGUUUCUCCCGCCCAAUAUCCAGGAUGACUUCAAAAGAGAGCAGUACCUCUUUAAACCCAUCGUCAUUGAACAGAAUUCGCAUGAAGAAUACUCACAACGAUACCGUUUGCCAAUUACCAAAUCCGAACCUAUUGACGAUGUUGGAAGUCAAAGAGAUCUGGACAAGAUCUAUCUUGAAAAAGGCUAUCUCUACUGUACCGAUCAACAUAACGCUGGGGGUUUCAAUUCUGAAGUACACGUUAUGGCAAGAAAACGAGUGGCAAUGAAAUCACAACGGCCACGACCCAAGUUCGAAUCCGACAGGAUUCACCUGGAGCAGUUUAGGAAAAGUCUCCAAAAUCAUCAGAACAUUAUGCAAAGCUUUGCCUCCUUCGUUCACGGUCCGGAUUUUGUCAUCUUGACUCCGUGGGCAGCGGGACGUGACCUUCAAAAGUUUCUGUACUCUCCGGAGGAAAUCCUCGACAACUUUCCCGAACGAUCAAGUCGGUUCACUCCUCACAAUGUCCUCAUUGAAGCGUACAGCUUGGCUCAAGGACUGGACUUUAUCCACAAUCAUAUGAUCACCGAUAAAGGCCGCCGGAUCAGAUGUGGACAUGUGGAUCUCACACCUGAAAAUAUCCUGGUAUGCUUUCCAACGACCGGGAGCGGAGCUGCCGCGCCAGUCGGGCGAUGGAAAAUCGUCGACUUUGGUAUCUCCAACGUGGAAGAAUCCGUGGCUGGUUCUCAAAUUGUUCAACUCCCACCUGCCGAACAAUGUGGCGCCGUGGCUCCCGGAACUAUUCUGCGAGAUGUUGCCCUCCAACCAUUCAAGACAGGCCCAGGGGCUUUCCAACCUCCGGAAGUCAAGAACCAGCAAACCGCCAAAGUAAACACAAGAAGAGACGUUUGGUCUUUCGGGUGUGUUCUCGCCAUGAUCCUGGCCUUUGCAAUUGGUGGACCGGAAGAAGUUAACGCCCAACUCUUAUGUCGAUCAAAAGGUGCCGACGACUACUUCUACCACCGAGUCCGACAUCUAAAUGACACCGCUCAGCGACAGCAUCCAGACAGCAAGCAUGCAGAGAUCAAACCAGCAGUGAAAUACUGGUUGGAAGAGAAGGCGCCGAGCAUUGCUCCUCAAAUGCAACGAGACUGGAUUCGAUAUUGUGCCAAACUUGUCCUCAGACUCCUUACUAUCAAUGUCUACGAGAGACCUGAGAUGAACUAUGCGGUUCAAGAGUUGGAAAGAAUCUUGAUGUGGACCGAAGUAUACGGCAAUGAUCGGAUCUGGCACUUUGACGGCGCAUCCACGGCGCCGGAAGUCGUGAGUGAUGUUCCUGAAGUCAACUAUCCAAGAAGUUCGAUGGAUUCAACUGCGCAGCCGUUUAUCGGUGUACCUUCUUUGACGAUCUCAUCUUCCGGUCCUCUCUCUGCCACGCUGAAGUCCGGUUCAACGAAAGGCUCGCGGUCAAUCUUCUUCAAACAAGAUGGAUCUCUAUCCUUCAUUCGACUUGAGAUUCCUCCAAACUGUGACGGUGGGACUUUAUCCCCGUCAGCAGGUACGGCUGCGCUAUGGAGUAAAUCCGACGUUUACAUCUACGACUUGGGUUUUCUGGGAGAUGAAUCAGAGAGUUGGAACGAUACACCUCGCUGCGAAGAACUGAAAGCAGCAAGUCUGAAAUCCUACUUCUCCAAUGCCGUGGUGGUUCCUCAUCCUGCCAAAUGCAUCAAGGUCUUGCUCGCGGGUUCAUUUCUGGCUGUGGUGCAGCAACAACAUCCAAAAUCAACGUACCUGGUCCGAUUACUGCAACGGAUCAGUGAGAGACAGAACAAAAUCCACCAAUAUCGGACCAUUCAACUCUCCUCCAAGCCCCAAGACGUUAAGCUGUCCCGCAAAGGAUUUUGCUUGAUUCAAACACCGGACAAGCUGGAACUGUUCACACCUAGGUAUGGUUCUCACUAA